AUGGAUAGGUAUAAUUUAAUCAAAGAAGUUGGUGAUGGAACUUUUGGGAAUGUUUGGCGAGCUGUCAAUAAACAGACGGGUGAAGUUGUUGCGAUUAAGAAGAUGAAGAAAAAUCAUUACUCUUGGGAAGAAUGUAUUAAUCUGAGAGAAGUGAAGUCGCUUAGCAGAAUGAACCACCCAAACAUUGUGAAGCUGAAGGAAGUCAUCCUGGAAAAUAAUAUUCUAUACUUUGUUUUCGAGUACAUGGAGUGCAAUCUUUACCAGCUUAUGAAGGAUCGCCCUAAGCUAUUUACAGAAUCUGAUAUCCGUAAUUGGUGCUUUCAAGUCUUUCAAGGCCUUUCAUACAUGCAUCAGCGUGGAUACUUCCACCGCGAUCUUAAGCCAGAAAAUCUGUUAGUCUCUAAAAGUGUUAUUAAGAUUGCUGAUCUUGGCCUGGCUCGGGAGAUUAACUCAAGUCCACCUUAUACAGAGUAUGUCUCUACACGCUGGUACAGGGCACCUGAAGUACUGCUACGGUCAUAUAUAUACACAUCAAAAGUUGAUAUGUGGGCAAUGGGUGCCAUUCUGGCUGAGCUGUUGUCUCUCCGCCCUCUUUUUCCUGGAGCUAGUGAAGCAGAUGAGAUAUAUAAAAUAUGCAGUGUGAUAGGCAGCCCAACUGAACAGACAUGGUUAGAGGGACUUAAUCUUGCUAGCGUUAUCAACUACCAAUUCCCUCAGCUUCCCGGUGUACCCAUUUCAAGUUUGAUGCCGUAUGCUAGUGCAGAGGCGGUUAACCUUGUUAAGCGCCUCUGCUCGUGGGACCCCAGCAAUAGGCCGACGGCUGCAGAGGCUUUGCAGCAUCCGUUCUUCCAGAGUUGCUACUAUGUUCCACCAUCUCUCCGUGCCAAACCGUCUGUUGGACAUAGAGGGCAUCUCGAGCAGCAGCAGCAAUCCGUCAAGAGGUUGCAGGCGACUUUGACCAGUACUGCUAAUAAUAAGCCAUUCAACAGUUAUGCUACUUCAAAGGCGAAUGCUCCUACAUUUGGUGCUUGUCAGACCCAGCGGAAGUUGGAGAUGUCUAAUAAGAUUAACCAAGACACAACAUGGAACAACAAAGCUGUUGGAAGUUAUCAUGUCAGAGAUGCUAAGUAUAUACCACCGCCUGGAAGGAAGAGUCCUUCAACUAUGAACAAGAAUUGGGUCUUUCCUCGUGAGACAAAUGCAGCCGUGGGCGGAGGAGGAAGAUGGAGUCAAAGUGAAAGGCAGAUGCAACAGCCAGCGACGAAGGCAGAGUGGAUGGGAAAAAGUGGUGACAUCUUCCUCAGACCUACACAGCCUCCCAAUCCCUACUCUAGAAGAAUCGCUGGUUAAAGCCGAAGGGCUCUUUCUUAUGACUCAUAAGUUAAUCUUCUGAGUCAUCGUUUUGCUUUUGAUUAUCAUCAUCGUCUACUACCCCAGAGUCCAAAGUCAUUUGAAGACUGUUUAAUAUCCUUUUGAAAAAGAAAAACCUCUUUUGCUUGUCCAUGGAGCUUAUCUUUUCUGUACUGCCUUUAAUGUUUCGGUCACGGCUCGAACAUUUUGUGUGAAGGUUUCUUCUUUUUUUUAUUUCGUAAUACAGUAUAGCUCUCGACUUUGGACCAAUUUUUUUCGUAAUAAAGCCUAUUUAAAACGUACUCUUUUGGCUCUUUAGAACCAAUACCAUUAUAGCACACAAAAUGGUUGCAUACACAACAUAAUGUUAAAAAAAAGGAACAUAAGUUACAAUGCAGAUAGUUUAAGAACAGAUAAUUGCUGGUAUGAUCUAUGAUAGCUGCAGUAGUUCCUAGCAUAAGUUGCUUUGUUAUGAUCAUUUGCCUAUAAUCAUUUUGGCUCUGGAAUCUCCUUGGUUGAUCUGGAAUUGGUCCCCUAGUCCCAAAUGAGCCAUCAAUAGCCAGACAAAGCUGAUGAGCUCUCCACCUUUGCUUAGCUGAGCUGCGUGUUCAACAGCGCCACACUUAGUUGCUGCAUAAGAAAGCAAUUCAACCCACACUUUGCUCACUACUUCCCACAUGUAUGUUGUCUCGCCUGUUUCUCCCUUUACUAAACCCUUAAGCUCUUUUGCCAGCUUGGUACCGUCAAACAGCACAGACUUACUUCGAUCACCUUUCACGUCGAUAGGUUCAGCAUUUGCUGGAACUGCCACAGAUAAAAGUAUCCAGCUAGCUGACUUUGCGUCUGAGUAUCCUUGAUAAGACUUAUUCGAUCUCCCUUCUCCAAAAAAAACCCUGUUGGCUUCUGCACACGUGUCCCUGAACCUUAUCUUUCCGAUACCCAAAACAGCUGACAUCAGGAUGGGUUGCAUCAUUAUGAGGUAGACCAUAUAAUCCGAAAGGGUUUUACUGAACUCACGGUAACUAUGGUUAUCUUCAGUGACUUGUUCCGUUUGGUAUAAGAGUUCAGUGGCAAUAUGCCACACAAGAAGGCUCUGAUCAAAAUCCAUUGCCUUUACAUACCGUAGCAGUUUCUCACGUGUUUUUUCUCCUUCUUCUCCUUGUACAUUUUGAAGAGUCCAGUCACCUCUAGCCGAAGAUACCCUCAUGGCACUUUCUGAGUCUCCAGCAAAGUGAGAUUUGUUUUUCACCUCUGUGAAUAUGUGCUCCCACAGAUCCAGUGAGAGGCGAUCACUGGAUGUGAAUGCCAUCUCCUCUAGCUGAGCUUGGAUGCCUAAUAAGUCUAUAAUUUUUUUUAUCAGACGUCCAG